AUGUCAGAUAUUGUGUACUUGACUAUGUGGACCUUUGCUGAGCAAUUGCCACCCGAGGUAGGGUUUUAAUAAAUUUUGAUUAUAUUGAUUAAAAUAUAAUAUUUUUUUUCAUUUGUAAAAUUUUAAGAAUGUAAAUUAUAAUAUUUGACUAACUAUUUGGUUUUAAAAAGAUUUACAAGUAAAGGAGUGUUACUAAGCUUGUGAUAAGAUGUACUCACAAGUAAAGUACUCGACCUGUCCUGCCCUGAUUGACUUCAACCUUUUUAAAUAGAAAAGUCAUGUAAAUAUAAGAUCUUCAGUACUAAACCGCGCUUUCCAGGAAAUCUCAAGAAAAGCGAGAUCAAAAAAUUAAGUUUUGAAUUUCCCGCCAAGUUGGCAUUGUGCUUCAAGCUUAUAAAUUUGUCGUUUUUUGAUUUUUAGUGAUUUUGCUUUGAUAUACUAGUAAAAAACUUUUAAAUAAACCUAAAAUUUUAAAUUUGUAAGCGCAGCUUGUCUAAAAAUACAAAAAAAGUGCUUGAAACAUAAUGCCAAAUUUGCUAAAUUGGUGGGAAAUUCAAAUGCUUAAACAUUUAAAACUCAAAAACGCAAGCUAAAAAUUUUUAUGGGUGUUAUUUGUGGUAAAAAAAUUUGAGCUGUUUCCGAGCGGAGCAGGUAAUGCACUUUCAGAGCCGAGGGGGGCACUUUUGAUCUCGAGGCGUGGGUCGAAAACAUCGGCACAAAUGCUAAAUUUAAAAAAAAACUACGGGGGGAACACGUGCAAUAUUUUUCAAAAUAUUUUUUCUGGGGGCAUACUCCCUCCCCCCCCUGACUUUCCUUGCCAAUUUUUUCAAAAUUAUUCAAAUUUUAGUCGUGGGACAGAGUCGUAUACCACAUGACAUCAAUGGAUGACAUGUGUUCAUUGGCUGUAGUUAACAAAUAUUUUUACAAGAUUGUUAACACGGAUUUCAAACAGCUAUGUUACGACCAUAUCGUAUACCGUCUGGAAAAUGAAUGUUGGGCAUACGCUUUGUCGCAGUAAGUUUUCAAGUUUACUCUACCCUACCCUAUCUUACUCUAGCAUACCUUUUACGGAGCCUUGCUUUAGAUUUACUGUAGCUUCAGAUUACUCUUUGUAAGCGUUAUCGUACCUAGCGUUACCACGGCUUGGCCGUACCUCACGUAAUGGUAUAUAUGCUGUACUCAAUAUGACCUUAAAUUAUCUCUUACUAUGUACUUUACCCCUACACUCCCUAUCCUAUUUUAUCCUAACUUACCCUAGCCUACCCUACACUCCCUACCCUAUUCUGUCUUAACUUACCCUAGCCUACACUUGUCCUAUCGUAUUCUACGUUUGCUCUAUGAUACUCUUACUAAAGCCUUACCGGUUCGUACUUUAUUUUAACUUAUAUGUUACCCUUGUCUUAAACCUGCUCUACAAUAACAAUAGUAGCUUACCUAUCCUACCCUACCGUGUCCUUCUCUACCAUACCGUACUAAUAGCCUAACUCUAACCUUAGGUUUUCCUUGCCCUACCCUAUUCUUACUCUACCCGUACCUUAUCCUGUCUUACCUUGCCUUAGGCUAACUCUGCACUAAACCUACUAAGGCUUUUUUUUACUUCUAACCCUAGCCCAAGCCAUCCGUCACCUCUCUCUUGCCUCGGAUCUACUCCACUUCUAGUCUCUAGCCUUCUCCAGUGUUCGUGAGCUUUCCUCAAAGUUCUCUAGCUUUCUCCGAUAUCCGUGAGCCCUCCCCAAUGUUCAUGAGCUCUCGGCUAUGUUCUUGCUGAUCCUGUUAUCAUAAUUUUAGGUUUGGCAGUCGUGCCUACAUCGCAUUGUUCAGUAACGUGCACAUGUUUUGGCAACACGCGGUAUGUUGCCCCUUCACCGGUAAAGUGGCACUGAAACUGGAGAACGGUUAUGUCGUACUCUCCAAUAUUGAUUUUGGCCUCAAGCAGUUUACUUUGCUCGACUUUACACCGUAUACCGACACGAUCACCCGGGUUAACAUGAUCAAUCGAGGCCAACAGCUUUUGGUUUAUACUCCCACCGUCGUGCUAAUCUACGAUCUACGUACGAUGAAAGUGACAUCUCACUAUGAGCUAGGGUACAAUUAUGGGUACCAAAUUAUACGCCAAAGUGGUACUGUUUUGGAUCUCUACACGGAAAAGGAGUUCGAAAUUGAUGCGAGACACCCAAACGGCAAUAUUCACUACAUCAAUAGAUACGAUACGCCAAAGUAUCUUGCAGUACAAACAACCGACAAAAAACUUGUUAUAAUCAAUAAGGAGACAGGUGAAAGGCAGCAGGUUUGUGAAUGGACACAAGAUAUGAAUGUAUAUGUUAUCAGUGAGAACAACUCUAUCGUGGUUAAGGGUGGCAUAGGUACGUAUUUUGAUAUACGCCUCACUUUACCUUCCGCUACAAUAUCUUACCUUACCUCACCCUACCUUACCCUAAAUUACCGAACCCUACCCUACCAUUUCCACUACCUUAGGUUCUAACAUACUCUAGGCCCUACCCUACUCGAAGCCCUAUCCUAUAUUACUCCACACCUCCCUUUACAGUACCCUUGGCUUUGUUAUGUUUGUUAUAUAUUUUUGAUUUUUAGACUACAGAAUAUUAGCUGAAAAUUUUGGAUGUCUAGUAUACAGUAUCACCAGACGAAAGUUUGUCUUUGACCGAUCAGAUGACAGAUUAUGGUAUUUGUUCACUUCAAAUACCCUUUUCCAUCGAAUGACCAAAACGGUAAGGUUUAAGGUUUUUUUUAAUUAUUAUAGUUACGAUUUCAAUGUCAGGCAAAAAAGUUAAUCAGAACAUUAAGAGGCCAGAAAGGAGGGAAAGGGACAAACGGUACCCAGGUUUGCAAGAAAAAUCAGUUUUUAUUAGGUUGAACCAUAUGUCAAUCUAUAUUCAUAGGAUUAGUGCAACCCUACCCUACACUACUGCUCAAUAUUAAUGUUAUAAAUCCGUUGUACCAUCAAUAGUACCCAUACGGAAUUAUAGCUAUAGCCUUUGAGUUUUAACUUUGGAAUAUUUAAAUUUCUCGCCAAUUUAGCGGGAAAUUCAAAACGUAUUUUGUUGAUCCCGAUUAUAACGAGAUUUCAGAAGCGAAAUUUAGUACUUUGCUGAAGAUUUUAUACAGGGUGCGUAAAAAGUGGUGUUACCCGGUUUUUUAAUCAAAUAUUUAUUCUAACAACAAAUAUAAUUAAAACAACAGCUAACAAUAGUAACAUGUAGUACUAGUUAUAACAUAGUCAAUCGGUUUCGAAGUGUCCCCCCCCCCUUUGCGGCUUGGCACAAUCGCAAACGCUUCAAAAAGUUUUCAGCGAUGGGCCGCAGUACCUCCGGUGACAGUUUGUCCCACUCUUCGAUCAAUGCUUGUUUCAAAGACUCCAAAGUUUGGUGUCUUCUACAACACACCCUAGCCUCCAAUAUCGACCACAUACUGUAAUCCAUAGGAUUGAGAUCGGGAGAAUACGGAGGCCAUUCAGCAGAUGUAUUUCUUCAUUAUGUAAUUUGGUGACGGUGGCCCUCAUGUUUGACAUCUAAAUACAGACAGACAUUAGACAAUUAAGACUUAACUUUAAUGAUUAUACAAUGAAAAAACAACCGAGAAUAAGACAAAAUAAAAAUUUUUUAUAUACUUUAACCGCAAGAAAGAGAAAACGACCGGUAAAGUUUGGUAACACCACUUUUACGCACCCUGUAUUUAAUUGAAGUCAAUUUAAAAGUUUGCAAGUCAAUCAGAGCAGGUCCAGCACUUACCUUGUAAAUGUUUCAAACUUGUUUUAUGUAUUUUCAGUUUUUGGUCUACAAUAAACAAAUAGACGAGUGGGUCGAAGUAAAAACAGGUUCACAGCUUGACCUGGACAAAAGAAAUAACUUUGACUGUUUUUCGAGCUUUGUGCCAAUUCCUACGUUCAUUGUCAUGGAAAAGACGAUUGAGAAACAUUUUAUCACCCAAAAAUUUUUUUUGAAAUUCAAAAAAGGUAAAGUUUUGUAACAGAACUUUUGGCGCAACCUGUACAUAGAUUUUCAGAUAAUAAGCCAAACUACGGUAUAGUAGGGUAGGAAAUAAGGCCGUAAAUAACUUUAGUUUCAAUUUAGACAAAGUCCAUGUAAAAACUUUCAAUCCCGAAAUCAAGUGGACGGCCUCCUUCGGACUGAUAAAUGCAGCUGAAAACGAUAAUCAUCCAAUUAAAAAGCUGUCACAAAUGCCGUUUCCCAUAUCAAAAGAAAACACUGACUUUUACCAUUGGUUUGCUGAAUUGUACACGGUCAACGAAAAUGUCCCCUUAUUUGACACCAGAAGCGGAGAAACAAAAGAAAAUUUCAAUUUUUAUCCUUCGAAAUAA